AUGGAAAGUGGAAUUAAAGAGGACAAAGAGACUUUGGAGAACAAUAUGGAUGAAGGAUUGCCAGAACAGAAGGAUGAAAUGGUGGAGCUGGAGGCAACAGAUGGUGUAAUGAAGAAGUCCUUCACAAAAGGUGACUAGAGGACUGAAACAGCCAAAUGGCAGUGUUGUGAUGUUGGAGGAGUGGAAGGAAGCCACAGAUGGAGAGAUGAAGAGACAUCCUAAACUGGCAGAGAUAGAGUUGGGAGAGAAUAAUAAUAAUAAUAAUAAUAAUAAUAAUAAUAAUAAUAAUAAUAUAAUUAUUUAUAUCCCGCCCUCCCCAGCCGAAGCCGGGCUCAGGGCGGCUAACAACAAUAAUACAGUACAAAAGUACAGCACAAACAACACUCUAAAAUCAUUCAUUAUAAAAUUAAUUAAUUCAAGCCACUGGCAACCAUUGGGCCAGAGCUCCGCAAAGAUUGCCGAGGGAGGGAGUCAGGCUGUGUCCUGGCUAAAGGCCUGGUGGAACAGCUCUGUCUUGCAGGCCCUGCGGAAAGAUGUCAAGUCCUGCAGGGCCCUGGUCUCUUGUGACAGAGUGUUCCACCAGAUCGGAGCCACGGCCGAAAAAGCCCUGGCUCUAGUUGAGGCCAGCCUAACUUCUCUGUGGCCUGGGACCUUCAAGAUGUUUUUAUUUGAAGACCGUAAGUUUCUCUGUGGGGCAUACCAGGAAAGGCGGUCCCGUAGGUACGAGGGUCCUAGACCGUAUAGGGCUUUAAAGGUUAAAACCAGCACCUUAAACCUGAUCCUGUACUCCACCGGGAUCCAGUGCAGCUGGUAUAGCAACGGGUGAAUGUGAUGUGGCAGCGAAGACCCCGUAAGGAGUCUCGCUGCAGCAUUCUGCACCCGCUGGAGUUUCUGGGUCAGUCUCAAGGGCAGCCCCACGUAGAGCGAGUUACAAUAAUCCAGUCUGAAGGUGACCGUCGCGUGGAUCACAGUGGCUAGGUCAGGGCGAGAGAGGUAAGGAGCCAACUGCUUAGCUUGGCAGAGAUGGAAAAAUGCUGCCUUUGUUGUAGCUGCAAUCUGCGCCUCCAUGGAAAGGGAGGUGUCGAAGAUUACACCCAAACUCUUAACGGACGGUGCUGGCAUUAAUUGCACCCCCGCAAGAGAUGGGAGUUGCCCCCCCAAUCCCAUAUCGUCCCGUCCCAGCCACAGGACUUCUGUCUUCGAAGGAUUUAGCUUCAACCGGCUCCCACAUAACCAUCCUGCCACAGCUUCCAAACAUCUAGUCAGUGUGUCUGGGGCCGAGUCAGGAUGGCAUUCCAUCAACAGAUAGAGUUGGGUGUCAUCAGCAUACUGAUGGCAACCCAGCCGAAAACUCCGGACAAGCUGGGCGAGGGGGCGCAUAAAGAUGUUGAAAAGCAUCGGGGAGAGUAUCGUACCCUGAGGUACUCCACACACCAAGGAGUGGCGCGAUGACAAUUCCCCCCCAAGCGCCACCCUCUGUCCCCGACCAGAGAGAAACGAGCGCAGCCAUUGAAGGACUGUGCCCUGGAUCCCCACGUCCAGAAGUUUGUGAUUGACCAUGUCGAAAGCUGCUAACAGAUCUAGAAGAAUCAGCAGCCCCAACCCACCUCGAUCCAGCUGUCUACGAAGAUCAUCUGUUAGGGCAACCAGAGCCGUCUUGGUCCCAUGACCAGAGCGGAAGCCGGACUGGAAUGGAUCCAGAGCCGAUGUUUCAUCCAGAAACCCACCAAGCUGUUCAGCAACCACUCUCUCAAUCACCUUACCCAGGAACGGAAGAUUCGAAACCGGGCAGUAAUUGGAUAGAUCUAAAGGAUCUAAUGAUGUUUUCUUUAAGAGCGGGCACACCACUGCCUCCUUCAGUUCCCCUGGGAAUGUCCCCGUGCCAAGGGACAAAUUGAUGAUGUCCCCCAGGAGGGCCCGCACCUUGUCUGGACACGCUCUAAUCAGCCAAGACGGGCACGGGUCAAGAGGACAGGUGGUGGGCUUUCCAGCUCGGAGGAGUCUGUCCACAUCGGCUGGGGAUAUCCGGUCGAAGUGGUCCAAUACUGGACCCGAGGACAGUCGAGGGGCCUCCAGUUCCUUUAUUGUAUCCAAAUUGGCAGGGAGGUCAUGGCGGAGCAACAAGACCUUCUCCACAAAAAAAGCUCGCAAAUGCCUCACAGCUGUGUGUCAAAUUGUUAUUUAAAUUUGGCUGUCCCUCAAGGGACGUUAAAGACCUGAUUAUACUAAAUAAUUGCGCCGGGCGAGAGCUAGCGGAUGCAAUGGAGGCUGAGAAGUAAGACUUCUUAGCAGCCUUCACCGCCAUCUCGUAGGUUUUCAUAAAAGCCCUAUAAGAUGUUCUUGAGGCUCCGUCACGGGCACCCUGCCAUACUCGCUCUAGCCGUCUGAGGUCCCGCUUCAUUUUCCAGAGCUCCUCGGUAAACCAGGGAGCCCGGUUUCUGCGGGGUCGCAGAGGGCGCUUAGGUGCGAUCUCAUCGAUGGCUGCCAGGAGCUGGAUAUUCCAGCCCUCAACAAGCUCAGUCAAUGAGUCGCCAGGGGGAGCAAGGUCCCGCAAGGCUUGGCGGAAUCUAUCAGGGUCCAUCAGCCUCUGCGGGUGAGCCCAAAUGGGCUCACCACCUAAGCAGGGUGGGGGUGGAAAGUCAAUCCUGGCUUUCAGAGCGUAGUGAUCAGACCAUGGCACCUUCAUCGAAGGAGACAUGAUCACAUCUAUACCUACGCCAAAGAUCAAAUCCAGCGUGUGGCCUGCUUGAUGUGUGGGGCCUGAAACAAACUGGGAGAGCCCUAGUGUCGCCAUGGAAGACACGAGGUCCAGAGCCUGUGAGGAGGGAGUGGCAUCAGCAUGGAUGUUGAAGUCCCCCAAGACCAAUAGGUUAGGGAACUCCAAGGCCUAGCCGGCCACCACCUCCAAUAGGCCUGACAGGAUGGCUGCUGGUGCGCUAGGUGGCCGGUACACCAGCCAGACAGCCAAGCUCUCCUCGGAGCCCCACACUAAGCCAACACAUUCAAUGCCGGGGAUCGAUGGCGAUGGUAGAGCCCUGAAAGGACAAUCUUCCCGGAUUAAUAAUGCCACCCCUCCCCCCUGGCCCACAGUCUGCGACUGAUGGAGGACAGAGAAACCCAGGGGCGCCAUCUCUCGUAAGGUAACUGUUGCCCCUUCGCACACCCAGGUCUCCGUCACACAAGCCAGGUCGACCCCCUGCGAGAUUUCUUUAUUGUUUUUUGCCUAUAGACCUGAGUAAUCCUUGCUCACCCUACCCUCGUCCCUCGGGAUGAGGGGCAGAUAGGAAGGGGUACGAGCAUAUCCAUAUCUCGAUCCCCUUCACCUAUAACAUCUGCCCCCACCGCCAUACCUCCCUCGCCCCUCCACGGUAGCAAUCCCAAGCCUCAUAGUAGCCUCCAUUGAUGGCAAUUAAUGUUAUUCUUUUGCAGCCUAAAACAAUAAAACCUUAAAACAAUAAAAACAAAAAAACAAAAACAACCCGGAAAACAAUAAAACAAUACAAAUAAAAACUGCAAAAAUUGCAAAUUCAUCAAAAUCUAACAAAUUCCCAAGCCCACCCAAACAUCCAUCCCACCCCCAUAUAUAAAAAAUCUAAAGGGAAAGGGAGAUUUUAAAACAUGUUAAAAAGAACUCUGCACCCCUCCGGGUCCUCCUGGGCAGUAGCAGCAUCAGUGGCAACAACCGCCCUUGUGAGGCCCCACCCCUGGGCCAGAUAGUAGGUGGCAGGAGCAGUCCUUGUGAGGCCUGUCAGGCCCCGCCCUGGGCCAGGUGGUAAGUGGCAGGAAGGAGCAGGGCCCUCAGGCACUCACACAAGGGAGUCCUUCUGGGCAGCAGAGCAGUUCUUUUGAGGCUUCAGGCCCCGCCCCAGGCCAGAUGGUAAGUGGCAAGAGCACACAAAGGAGUCUGCACACAACUUGGAGUGAAUUUAGAGAGGAAAGCUAUCAAACCUCUGGAACUUUUCUUGGAAAAAGAAUGGAAGAAGUGUAAAUGGAAGGGCUAUUUUUUUCACAACCAAGAUGGAAAUUCACAGCAAACACAACGGGUUCAGGUUGUGUCCUUCAGAGCAGGUGAAAUCAAGCUUGCUGCCUCUUCCAAGUGACAGCCCUGGAGAUAUUUGAAGGUGGCUCUCAUAUCUCCUCUCAGUCUCUUCUUCUCCAGGAUAAAGAUGGGCAGAUAUUUCUAUCUUGGCCUGCAACCCUUUAAGCAGAAAUGCUAGAAAUCGACCCUGGAAUUUUAAGCAUGCAAAGACUCUUUGCAUCUUUCCUCAUGCCCUGCUCAGAAUCAGUCUAUCAUUUCAAAGGUAUUCAGUUGGAUGGGUCAGAGGGAAGAGUGAAUUUAGAGUAUAAGCUGUCAUGUCAGAACCCUCUCUUGGGCUCAAGGGAGAGAAACAAAUUGCACUCAUGAAUUUAUAUGUAAAUAAUGCUUGUUGUUUAACUGUUGCCAGCCUGACAAGUAAAGAUUUAUCUUCACCUAUUUGUGUAAGACAUUUUUUUAAAAUCACAAAUAGCUAACAAAGGUUAUGGGCUCAGUCAUGGCCAGCAGGUGGUGAUAGAGAAUGGCAAGAAGAUUUUGAAGUCAAUCCCAGAAACCAGCAACUCAGCACAGUAAAAGAUAUUUUUUGCAGAUUUACCCCUUGAUCCAUGUCUGUUGAACUUCCUGGCACAACUUAGUCUCAAAGUUUAAUUUUACUCUCUUUUUUUUUACAGUUCAUUAAAUGUUUACUCCCCCCCCCCAAAGGACUUUCAUUGGUGAUAUUUUCCAAUUCAAAAUUCUGAAUAUGUGGCUUGUUUCCACUUUACACCUGUGAAUUUUCACUUACAACACCUUCACUCUUGAUAAGCCUUUCAUUAGUAAGCCAAACGUUCCCUGCUCUUGAAGACAGGGAAGUCAAAAAACUGCAUGCCAAAGCACACUAAGUGGUGUCUCAGUGCUUUUCGCAAGGAGAGCAGUAACUGCUGCUCUUUUAAUCCUUUAGUCACAGGAGUCAGUCUUUCAAGAGGUAGGUUGUUGGCCUCCUCUAGCUAUUCAGUUUCUGGAUCAGUACUCCAGAACUCUGGUGGCCUGUCGUUUCCCCUUCUGUUUGCACAUACACGGUUACAGUUCAAAUGUCUUCCGGGGACGGGGAGUUCUGACUGCUUGCUUACAGCAUCUUAUGAGCUUUUCUAAACAAGUUUCUGGGCUCAGAAACCUACCCCCUACCUCCACCACUUUGAUGCUUCCAAAAAACCUCACACAACUGUUUUUACACUGGAUUUUUAUCCAGACAAAUUUCUUUCUUCUGCUUGUCACCCUACAAUAAAAAAAACUGCAGAGCAGAAAGAGACCCCGAGGGUCGCCCAAGCCAUCCCUCUGUAAUGCAGGGAAUGCCAACCAAAGCAUAGUGGUAGUAGUAUAAUAGUAGUAGUAUUAUAAUUGAAGGCAAAUUCCCAUUUCUUCCUCAAACAAUAUCUGCUGAAAGCCUUCAAUGAACAAGAGUCCACAAUCUGGUUAAGUGUUCCAGCAAAAGUGGAUCAUUUAACUUUUAUCAGAAUGCUAUUCUUUCAGCUCAUAUCAUUGGUGAUUACUAUCUGUUCAAUCUCUGGGAUAGAAAUUUCAGGGUUGGGGUUGUUCCAAGAAAACUCCUUGGAUUCUUGACCAGGGAACGGUGAAGAUAUGGAGCAAAUGAAUUUGCCCUGGGCUGAAUGAAACCUGCUGCUUGCAGUUUGCAAAGCACCUUUGCAAAGCAACUUCCUCCUGAACACAUUAUCAAUGUAAAGAAAGCUGGCAAGACAUUGUCAUGUCUCCUGUUUCACAAUUUUGGGGCAGGAAAAAAAAAUAAAGGUGUAAAACAGUUUGCUUUUCUGAAACUCUCUGCAACAACACUGUCUCCUUCACUUGAGGUCUUUUGUGGACAACAAGCUUAAUAUGAGUCAGCAGUGUGAUGCAAUUACAAAAAAGCUAAUGCUAUUCUAGGCUGCAUCAGCAGAUAUAUAGUGUCCAGAUCAAGGGAAGUAAUAGUUUUCUCCUGGGACUAGGCUACAUUUGUAAAGAUAAAGCUCUUUCUAUGCAUUAUAACACUUAGACACCAGAUGGCACAGUGGAGUCCCAUUUUUCGCCAAAGGAACUUCCUUGCAUGAAGUUUACAAUGCAUUUAAGUGGGGAAGGAUAUCAGUAAUAAAAAUGAAUGUAUUGCCAAGAAUGUUCUUUUAUUUCAAUCAGUACCCAUAGUCAGUGGAGCAGGACACUUCAGGCAAUGGCAAAAAAAAUAUUUCUAAAUUCAUCUGGCUGGCGGGGAAAGAAGCCAAAGUUCAAAUACAAAUUAUUAACAGAUGCCAAGAAAGAGGUGGAUUCUCCCUGUCAGACUUGAGGUUAUAUUGUGAGGCGUCCUGUCUUUGCUGGCAUAGGGAGUGGGUAACUUUAAAAAAUGUUAAAAAUUUUAGACCUAGAGGGUCAUGAUAACAGAUUCGGUUGGCAUGCAUAUCUUUGGUAUGAAAAGACAAAACUAAUGGGAGGCCAGAGCAGGGAAACUGAGUGGAGUAGAAAAGAGGCAUGUAGGUGUUUGUGUACAGCAUAGUAACAGCUGAUAUUGCACCAUGUACAAGUCUUUAAGUACAUGUGGGAGGAUUAUAGAGAGCAUAAUCCCACUUAAGAGUAGACAUGAUGAAAUUGCCUGACAUGACUAAUUUAGUUUCAUUAAUUCCAAUGAGUGUACUGUGAGCAUGAUCUUACAUAAAUAAGCCCCAAAGAUCCCAAAUUUUGUUGCAGGACUUGCUGCUUCUGUCACUCGUGUGAAUGAAUCGCAAUAGGUUCAGAAUCCCCCAAGUGGAUCAGGAUGUCUAUUCCUCAUCAGCAGAAGCGUGUAGAAACCUUUUUGAAAUUAUGAUUUAAUCAUAGACAUACGUUACAGCUCAAUUGGCAGGAAUUAAAAGAAUAAUAUCAGCACCAAUCAUUCUGUGUGACUUCAAAGAGCAAGAAGGCAUGGCAGGAAGCCUGAGGAGCAAGUGCAGAAUGUUAAUGAGAGAUAAAGCACUGACUCCUUUCCCAGCUGGAUUUUCCCACUGGAUAUCUUUUUAAAUUAAGUGUGGCUAGUCCUCAUGCCAUCAUAUGACACAUUAGUUUGGGUGUAUGAAAACCUGGCUUCAGCACAUGUGGAGAUUUGGUUGAUUAUGACAUCUCUAAGAAGCACAAAAGACUGCUUCUCUCAGCAAGCUCUUCCAACAUCUUUUGGGCACGGACUCAUGUAGCAAAGGACUCCUCCAGAAAACUUUUGAUUACACAUUCAUCAUGAUUUGUGCUCAUAAUAAUUUCAAGGUGGUUACAUCCAACUCCAUUUUCAAUACUAUUUAUGCCUGCAAAGAUUUUGAGAUGGUCAUACAGUUUCAUUUCCAUUCUAUCACAUCCUUUAACUUUCUACUGAAAACUACAUAUGCACAGACUUAUUUUUGUCGCACUUUUGCAAUAGAUAUAGUUUCCCCAGACAACAAUAAUGCGGAAGUGUUCUGGAAGCAUUGCAGAAAAACUAACAAAGCAGAAUAUUCUUGUCAAGAAUAUGGUGCAGAAUUCACCCUCAAUAAAAAUCCCGCCUGGUGGAACCAGUAGAACUAGUAACUGGUUGACAUUACACAUUAUAUCCUUAAAAACGGUGUGGGGAAAAUUGGCUGAAUUGGGAUUGUUUGCUGAAACUUUUCAGCAUACGGACUAAUCUAAACAAAUAAAUAAAUAACAAAAACAAAAACAAAGAAAGGAAAAGAGAGAGAGAAAUGCCAAGACCUCUCUCAAAGGUAGGUCUUAACUCUUGUCUCACACAGAAGGGAGUGGACCCUCCCAGCUCUCACCUGGGUGCUUCCCUUUCUUCCCUCAGUCUUCCACCCUGGGAGAUCUUUCCUUCUCUGCCUCUCACACAGGGUCUUUCACUAGCCAGAUAUCAACUUCAUGUGUGUAUUCAAAAUAUUCUAAAUGUUCAUUCCAGUAUUAUAUCCAAUUGUAUUCUGAGAUAAUAUCCAGCUGUUCCUUGUUCUGCUAGGUGAUAUUUUCUCCCAUCUUCAGCCCCAAACAUUGCUAUGAGUCAAGAAUAGUCCUCUUCCAAUCCAGGAUGAUGACUUUAUCUCUCCGCCCCCCCAAAAAAAUUUCAACCAUUCCUCCAUGUUUGAAAACCAUAAAUCCUUCAUUUUUAUUUAAACAGGAAACUCUCCACUGUAGUCAUUUAUUUUAAAAAAUCCAUAGUUAUUUACUUGUUGUAUAUUCAUUAUUUUACACCCGUAUUUAUAUCUUACGAUCCCAUUUCAUGUAAGGAAAUUUAUCAAGAGAAAAAGAAAAGAACUUCCAUUUCUACCACUUCCAUUCUUUUCCCAAUAGCAUCACCAGAAGCUUGAUAGGUUUUUCCUCUAAAUUCCCUCUAAAUUAUACCCAGAAUCCUUUCUGCAUCAUCUUGUAAUUCUCUGCUUUAGAGAGACUAAGCAGCUCUUACAUGCAAAGGCAUGAACUUCAGUAAACAUUGUUUGUUCUGAGAUGGCAACUUUUUACAUUGAUUUCUGUACGUAAUAAUUUCUCCUUGAUUUUCCAUAGGUACUGCAUUAUCAAAUGGUCACAGCUGGAGGCAACAGAGACGCUUUGUUGUAGUUUCUCUGCAGAAGCUGUGGCGGGAAAAGAAAGGCAUGGAGCACCAAAUAGCAGAGGAGGCCCAUCAGCUCGUGGAGGUUUUUGCACGUUCAAAGGGUAUGUCAUGCUAAGUGAUGGUGCUGAGCUGGCGUAUGAAGAUAUAUUUGUGUACUACCUCUGUCCAUUUUAGAAAGGAAUGUGAUAUGUAUUUCUUGGUUCCUAAUGGAGAUCCCAGCAGUUUCUCUUGGCCACCAUGAAAUCCCACUGUCAGUAUGAACAGGAGCAGCUGAACUAACAUUAGUAUAAUUUUAUUUUGCAGGGCACCCACUUGACCCUUCCAUGCCCAUCACUAAUUCAGUCUCCAACGUGAUAUGUGCUGUGGCUUUUGGGCAUCAAUUUGCUCUUGAAGGUGAAAGGUUCCAGAAACUGAUGGAAGCCAUGGAUUUUCUCCUAAAAUUUAUAAGUAGCUUUGUUCAUGCUGUGAGUGGUCAUUUUCAUUCUUACUAA